AUGCGUGGCAUGCUCUACCGUGAUCCGAACCAGCUGGGCCACCCUCGCGAACUCCCGCUGCUGUGGGUGUUUUCAGUCGCCAUAGAUCGCUGCAGCUCCCUCAUCACUACAUCGCCCACCCGCCUGGCCGCACCCGAUCCAUCACAUUGCCGCCCCGAGGAAUGCAGAGUGAAGCUGCGGCGCAAGGAGCGGCUGUGCAGGAUCGUGUACCAGGGCGUGGAGUGCCUGGACGCCAACAGCAGCGGCGCCCGGCCCCUGUGGACGCCCGACGACCCGCCCUGGUCCGACUGGCUGUCCGGGGAGGGGGCCAACUCCUCGGUCCCGGGCUCCACCGCCGCCGCCCCACUAGCGCUCGGCCCAGUGCUGCCGCCCUUCGAGCUGUGGCAGACCGUGCUGAUCGCGCUGUGCCUGGGGCUGUGCAUCGUGCUGACCGUGGGCGGCAACAUCCUCGUGCUGCUGGCCUUCAUCGUGGACCGCGGCAUCCGCCAGCCCAGCAACUACUUCAUCGCGUCCCUCGCCGCCACCGACAUGCUCAUAGGCACCGUCUCCAUGCCCUUCUACACGGUGUACGUGCUGAUGGGCUACUGGGACCUGGGGCCCAUCCUGUGCGACCUGUGGCUGUCCGUGGACUACACGGUGUGCCUCGUGUCGCAGUACACCGUGCUGCUCAUCACCAUCGACCGCUUCUGCUCCGUGAAGAUCGCGGCCAGGUACCGCGGCUGGCGCACCAAGAACCGCGUCAUCUGGAUGGUCACCAUCACGUGGAUCAUCCCGGCGCUGCUCUUCUUCAUCAGCAUCUUCGGCUGGGAGCACUUCGUGGGCUACCGCGACCUGCUGCCCGGCCAGUGCGCGGUGCAGUUCCUCAAGGACCCCGUGUUCAACACGGCGCUCAUCAUCGGCUACUACUGGACCACGCUGGUGGUGCUGUUCGUGCUCUACGGCGGCAUCUACAAGACGGCGUACGACAUGCAGAAGAAGAGCGAGGCGAAGCAGCGCAAGAUGCAGUCCAUGGUGGCGCUGAGCGCGGGCGCCAUGUCGGGCAUGGCGGGGCGCGCCGCGGGCAUCGGCAUCUCCAAGACGCAGAGCACGCUGCUGAGCCAGGACAAGCCCAAGGGCGGCGGGGUCCCGGGGCAGGCGCCGCCCCCGCCGCCCCCGCCGCCCCCGGGCUCCGGCGACUCCAGCUCCAGCCAGAAGACCUCCUCGCACAAGACGGCGGCCACGGCCACCACGGGCAGCUCCUCGGCGGACAGGGAGGCGGCGGCGGCGGCGGCCCAGCCCCCGGCGGCGGCGGGCGUGGAGGGCGAGCGCUCCUCCAGCCCGGCCUUCGAGUCGGACGAGGAGAGCGCCGCCCCCGGCCAGGCUCAGGCCUGGGUCCGGCGGCGGCCCUCCUCCGGGGGCGGCCGGCUGAACGGCGCCGUCCCCGCCCGGGCGGUGGCGGCGCGCACGCCCUCGCCCGACCAGUCGCUGCCGCAGAUCCCCGAGCAGGGCCCGCGCACGCCCGUGUCGGAGCGCGUGAUCCCGCCGCCGGCGCAGUUCCAGAGCGCGCCCGUGCUGUCGGCCAGCGCGCCCGUGCAGUCUGCCCCGCGCGCGCGCCCCAGGAGCCUGCAGGCGGCCGGCACCGGGGACCUGCUGCUGGGGCUGGACGGCGCCGACCUGCGCUUCAUGGACGAGAGCUCGGUGGUGGUGCCGUCGCCCGUGUGCGAGAGCCCGCCGUCCUCGCCCCCGCCCCCGCGGCUCGCCAAGGUCCACACCGAGGUGAGCGUGGCGGAGCCCGGCCGCGCCGUCACGAGCGUGGUGGAGCUGUCCGAGGACCCGGGGGCCACGCCCACCUCGCCCAACACGCCCAACUCGGUGCUGCAGGCGCCGCCCCCGCCGCCCCCGCCGCCGCCCGCCGCCCCCGGCCACUCGGGGGCCGGGGCCGCCGAGGCGCGCGGCUCGCGCAGGGACCUCGUGCGCACCCUCCGCGACAGGCUCAAGGUCAAGCACAAGAGCAAGGACGCGGUGGGCCGCCAGAAGUCCAAGUCGGAGAACCGCGCGCGCAAGGCGUUCCGCACCAUCUCGUUCAUCCUGGGCGCCUUCGUGGCCUGCUGGACGCCCUACCACGUGCUGGCGCUGGUGGAGGGCUUCUGCGCCGAGCCGCCCUGCACCAACGAGCACCUCUACAUGUUCUCGUACUUCCUGUGCUACGCCAACAGCCCCAUGAACCCCUUCUGCUACGCGCUGGCCAACCAGCAGUUCAAGAAGACCUUCACGCGCAUCCUCAAGGGCGACCUGCACAUGACGUAGGCGCCAUCUUGGCAACCCCCCUUCUGCGGAUAGACGAGCUUUCUUAUUCGUUUUCGUACCUUCCAACUGCUUCUGAACGACAAUUAACUAUUUCUGAAAAAACAUUCUCAAAUUUGCCUUUCGCUACACUUCCCAUAAGAUACUUUUUUUUAAAAGUGUUUUAGCUACUUAAUUUUCUACACUUUUGGUUUGAAUUGUGCGAUGCUGUGUGAUUCUUAACGGUUUUUUCUGUGUACACGAGUGUAAAUGCGCUGUAUAGAGCCCGUGUGCUAUACUUACACGAAAAUGGGAGUGCGUCAAUCCUAGGGGAAGUUUUAAAACUCUCUGACGAAAACGGUUACUCGAAGUGCUUUCGACUCCGUUAAAAAAAAAAAAAAUGAUUACGUCCUUCCGUCUGCACAGUUUUAUGUCUUAGCCGUGGAAAUAAAAAAUAAAAUAAAAACAUUAAAGAAACGAAUUAAAAGUGUUUUAGUUCUUGUUCUUGAAAUAAAUGUAGUGAACUGCGUAUACAAAUGAAUAUGUACCAAAACAUUUAGGUAAUAGCUUAUCAAAUCUGUCAAAGACGAUUUUAGUGCUUGGGAAAUUAAUAUCACCGAUGACUAUGAAAAAGACUACUUAUAUUAAUUGAGGCAAGAAAUUUUUAGUAAUUUUUACGUUAUAACCUAAAAUACAUUUUUGUGAGCAAUACACUGAACAUAUCCUCUGAUAAGCUUUUACAAUCACUCUUUUCUGCAUAUAUAUAUUUUUAUUUAUUAGUACGUAUGCUGUUUUCAGAAGACUGCAUAAUUUUUUCAAGAGAUUCCUACUGACAAAUUUAAUAUAGUAUAGUAAUUAAAAUAUACCACGUGCAUGUAUGUUUGAGGAAAUGGACGUUAGUGCAUUAUGUUUAAUUAGGCAUCUAUUAGUAAUGGACGAGAAAAUAAUGUAACCAAAUUAAAGUAAUAUGUGCUAUUUUGUAUAAACGACUAUUUCUACCUGACAUUCCUACCUUAUACUAAUGUUUAUAAAUAAAUAUGUGCAACCAUAGCGUGCCAGCUCUUUGUUAGUUAGGGCCUACAUUGAAAAGGUUAUAAAGAAAUGUUUUUCUAAUAUAGUUUUGUGCCAGGCAGUAUAAAAAAUGUAAAACAGUCACAUAGUGGAGACAAUUGUUUUGUAAAUACACGCCCUUGGAUGGUUAUGAUACGAGAAUUUACGUUCUCAAUUAUAGUGUGAAUAUAUCAAAUUAUAAAAUGUUAGAAAAAAUUAAAACAAAUACUCAGAAACGGUGGUCAAUUCCUGAACCUAGAGUUGAAUAUAUCAACAAAAUUUUGGUCCAUAUUUUUUACUCUGUUUAGAUCAAGAUCUGUAAUAAAAAUUUAAUCAAGAAUACGACAAUACAUAACUAAGUGUAGCAAGAUUAAUGUAGAUUUUGUGUACAUUAUUUGUUUGGUGCAUGUUUGAAACAAUUCGAAAUGCAAAGUAGGAUUAGAUUUAAUGUGUACACAACAAUCAAGUAUCUGUUUCAUACAAUACGCUCUGGUUCAAA